GUCACAGGCAGGUUCAUUCUCAGGUUCGCAGGCGUCAUUCUGGUGUUGCAAUUGAUCGACCAAUCAGGUCUCACUUCCUAUCAAAGUGCAUUCUUUACUCCAGGUCCCUCCUCCCAUGACAUGCGGGAGAGACAGAGGGAGGGAGGCGUCUCCAAACUGGUUUGACCAGUAAGACUUUUCUUUCCAACCUGAAGGCAUUUUCUCACACGGCAGCAGGCAGGGCCUGAAAACUGCAACAGAGAACAGAUUUCCUAAGGAGAUUCCGUAACUCCACAGAGAACACUCCUCAGCGGUUCAGAAAAGUUUGGAAUGUUUUCCGGUUACCUGGUCUCAGAUUCCAGCAGCAUUCCAGUCACUUGGCACAGACGAGAAUCCUGAGCGUGAGCUGUCUGUAUGUUGUUUGAGGAAGUUCUACUGUGUGCAGCUCAACGGGAUUAUAGGAUGGUGUCAUAAUUGGCGCCCCUUGGAGAAGGUAAGAGGAGCGGGACGGAUUUCCCAUACUUUGUUCCAAGGCAAACGUAGAGGUGGAACAGAAGUGGAGGUGGAGAGAUGGACUUGUUGUUUUGAUUGGACCAUUAGCUGCCUACUUUGCUUUGCUUCGAGCUAGUAGGGGGACUUAAAAUGGAGCAUGUUGGUAACAUUUCAGACGGAAACAGGAAAGAGUCCAGCAGCUCGGUCAUGAAUGUGUUCAGCACCAUUUUCACAAGGGAGAGGUCUACCUUUCCACAAGCAGACUCGCCUGUACUGAUAUCCUUCAAAGAACUUUCAGAUGACCAUCCAGAGAUUCCAGAUGUUUUAGAUGAUGACCUUCACAAUGUUCGAGCAUCAGCGUCUGGCAACCACUUUAAAGCACCAACUAGAGCAUGGGCAGACCCAGAUCUGGUUGAGGUCUCCAUGGUGGAAACGUAUAGUGACACAGAAAAUGAGGAUGAGAUGAAGUCCCUCAGCAGAGUGAGUGUUUCUGGAGAAGAGCUGCAAGUGUCAGCGGAGGACAGUUAUGUAGAGCCCAGCCGUGUGACCCGGGAAAAGGAGUACAAAAUACCUGUGUUCAGAACGCACUGCUUUGAGAGAUACGUGAAAAACGCCUCGAUUCUCCGUUCACACGCAUCCACCAGCAAAACUGAUCCCAGGAUGCCUGAGAUGUCUGUGGAUGAAAGGAAGUGUGCCGAGGGGACCGGAUCAAAUGAAGAAAGUGUUGGCAUAGACUGUUCUGUUCCUUCCAUAGCCUCUUCUUUACAGCAAAUGGAAGAGUUGGACACUCAGAAGGCUGGUGCCAAGACAUCUGAAGAAGAAGUCUCUUUAAGUCCAGGGAAAGCGUUGGACAAGGGUGAAAAGGAACCUAUGCUGCUGCCACCUGCAGCUGAAGAAUCCUCAGGUGUUGUCCAGCUGCAUUCCAGCCCUGCUUCACCGCCCUCCAUAGAAACAAAGACUCCACUUUCAGCACUGUCCCUCACCAAUGUGCCCUCAUCCAGGAGCUCGCCGCACUCCGUGCCUCCGUCUUUCCAGAUGCCGGCUCUGUUCAGUGGGGUGAGAGUGCUGAAGAAAGGAGCGAUGGGCGAGGACAGGGAGGUCCUGUCAGAGAUCAAACAGAGGCAGAAUGAUGCAGAUUUGGCCAUGCUCAGCCUGAAGAAGACAGUCCACAAAGCCAAGCUCUUCCCUGAGCAAAACCCAACCAGUCAGUCCAAAAGACCUACUGCCAUCAGCACUAAAAGCUCUGUGGCAGAACAACUGAACCAUCUACGCAACUUCAACAACCAAGACAACACCAAAAAACAACAUAGAAGUCUGGAGAAACCUGGUUCUGAAUCCAGAAAAAAGAAAGAGACUAACAAAGAAGAGAAAACACCAGGUCCAGAACCUGCCAGCACAUCCUCACCUGACAAACAGAAAACCUCUGACAUGGCCUAUGAAACUUUCAAAAGCAUCUUUGGCCCCAAAACCAUCACAAAGGAAAGAACAGAGGACGUAGAUCUGGAAGCAGUGAAAAAGAAAAUCAAGAAUGAUAAAGAAAAUCUCAGAUCUAUUUUUGAGAGGACCCCCAAAUCUCCUGUCAAGGAAGCCAAAUGUCCCACACAGGCUGAAACUGAAGUCAUGUUGCCCACGGACAGUGAGGACCGGACCCCAGGCCGCCUGCAGGCCGUCUGGCCUCCACCCAAACCUAAAGAUGAGGAGGAGAAGGUCGGACUCAAGUACACAGAGGCAGAGCAUCAGGCCGCCCUCCUGCAGCUGAAGCGAGAGUGCAAAGAAGAGGUCGAGAGGUUACAUGCUGACUUUGAGCUCCAGGUUUUCCAGCUGCGGGGUGAGCACGCCGUGUCCGUGUCACACCUGGAAGAUGUCAUUGCCAAAAUGCACAGAGAUCAGGGUUACAGUCCCGUUCAGGAGCGCCGUGAGGUUCGCGAUGCCUCUGUGUCCACUGCAGAUGGUGCCAUACCCAAGAUGUGGCGCACUGUGUGUGUUCAGACAGACAGGGACACCUUCAUCAAAAGUCCUGAGGGUGACGGUGGAGGCUCAACCCAAAACGGCAAUCAGAAUACACCAAAGAAACUCAACCUGGACUCAAUUGGUCUGAGUCUGGGAGUUAAACCUGAAAAAGCCCUGGGGCCUCCCGGUCUGCCCCCACCUCCUCCACCACCUCCACUCCCUGGAGGAGGACCACCUCCACCUCCUCCACCACCUCCACUCCCCAGAGGAGGACCACCUCCACCACCUCCACUCCCUGGAGGAGGACCACCUCCACCUGCUCCAGGGAGUGGAGGUGGUGGAGGAGGACCACCUCCACCUCCUCCACCACCUCCACUCCCUGGAGGAGGACCACCUCCACCACCUCCACUGCCUGGAGCAGGACCACCUCCUCCUCCACCACCUACUGGUCUGCCCCCUCCACCCGGCAGUGGAGUACCACCUCCUCCACCCAUGGGCGGCUUCAGCUUUGGUCCGAAAGUGGAGAAGGCGCCACGGAAGCCCGCUGUUGAGCCAGCUUGUCCAAUGAAGCCUUUGUACUGGACCAGGAUCCAGAUCCAGGAUAACAAUAACAACACGCUGUGGGGUUCUCUGGAGGAGCCCAACAUCAACACCAAGGAGCUGGAGGACCUGUUCUCUAAAACCACCAUGCAGCCCAAGAAGAAGCCGCUGGCCGACACCUAUGAGAAGAAAACCAAAACCAAGAAGAUCAUCAAGCUGCUGGACGGGAAACGAUCACAAGCUGUCGGUAUUCUCAUUUCCAGCCUGCAUCUGGAGAUGAAGGACAUUCAGCAAGCGGUUCUGACUCUGGAUAACUCUGUGGUGGAUUUGGAAACCAUUGAAGCAUUAUAUGAAAAUAGAGCCACCAGUGAUGAGCUGGACAACAUAAAGAGACAUUAUGAGACCUUCAGAGAGGAUGAGGUCAAACUGCUGGACAAACCUGAACAGUUCCUCUACGAGCUCUCCCAAAUUCCUGACUUCUCCGGUCGGGCCCACUGCAUCAUCUUCCAGGCGGUGUUCCUCGACACCAUCUCUUCCAUCCGUCGCAAGGUGGACAUCGUCUCCAACAUUUGCAAAGACCUGCUGGAGUGUAACAGCCUGCGUGACAUCAUCGGUCUGGUUCUGGCCUUUGGCAACUAUAUGAACGGAGGAAACCGAACCCGAGGUCAGGCUGAUGGUUUCGGGCUGGAAAUUCUUCCCAAACUCAAAGACGUGAAGAGCAGGGAUAAUCACAUGAGUCUGGUGGAUUAUGUGGUUUUAUACUACCUACGUAACGUAGACAAGCACGCAGGUACAGAUAAGAGCGUGUUUCCGCUGCCGGAGCCUCAGGAUUUCUUCCAGGCUGGCCAGGUCAAAUUUGAUGACCUCAUAAAGGACUCCAGGAAACUGAAGCGAGAUUUGGCAGCCUGUCUGAAGGACAUGGAGAAGGUUUGUUGUGACUCCUCUGAGGAGCAUCUUCAGCCCUUCAAGGAGAAGAUGGAGCAGUUUGUCUCUGCUGCUCAGAAGGAGCACAGUGCAGAAGAAGAACGACUCAGCGCCGCUCAGAAAAGCUUCCAGGAGACUGUGAACUACUUUGGUGUGAAACCAAAGACUGGCGAGAAGGAAGUGUCUCCGAACUACGUCUUCAUGCUCUGGUACGAGUUCUGCAAUGACUUCAAAGCGGCUUGGAACCGACAAAGCAAGAACAUCUCCAAGCAGAAGAUGAAGGAAGCUCAAGAAAACAUUAAGAAGAUCACAGCAGAGAAACGAGUCGAGACCAAGAAGGUCAACGCCAACAGUCUGAAAGAGCGUCUUCGUCAGAAGGAAGCCAGCGUGCCGUCCAGCUGAAACCGUCAGUCAGAGGACGUGGGGGUGGACCCUGGUCCUUCCCACCUAUCAUCCAGGAAAUGUACAGACCCAAACUGCCCCCAAUGCCAGAUCUGUGUCCUUGUGCUCCUCCUCCACCCGGCAUCCUCAAAAGGAGGCAUCAGAGACGAGCUGCAGCGAGAACUCACGACACACCCGGCGUGAUGAGAGUCCUAAGGGUCAAAGGUCAACUUCAUUCAUCCAGGACAGCGUGACCUGUGAGUGCAGAGCCCACGAAAGAUUGUACUGGGUCAGUGAGACUCACAACAUCCACACUGCUGAUCCACAGGAGCUCAGAGUCUCCAGGAGCUCAGAGUCCAGUUCCUCCUGCAGAGCUCCUGGAGUCGACCGCAAGCACUUCACUGAAAUCUAAACUCAGACCCGUGCUAGGUUUGCACCGCUUAGAGUGCAAAACUGCUCCAAGGGUCAACAAUCUGUCAGAUUCAGAUCUCCAUCCGGGUCCACUGUCCUGCAGAAAACAACAUGAGCCAAAUAAAGUAGAUUUAAGUGGAUAAAUUGAUCUAUUUCUCUGCUCAUUUCCAGACAAACUAUCUUCAGAAAAGAUAAUUCAGCAAUUGAUUUAUUAAUAAUAAAUACAUACAUUUAUAACAGGGGACAAGCACGUUGUGAUAAAGGCCGGCACAGCGAGAAUCCAGUAUUUGGAUUAAUGUGGAUCCAGACCAUGUUUAUAGACUGUCUGUGGGGCUGCAAACAUAUGAUCAAAUAUUUAUCACAUGAUGAGAUUUAACUUUUUUAAAGAUCAAAAACGAUUCCACGACAGGAUUAUUGCCGAAUGUUGUAUUUUCACCACGUUUUUGUUCAUCAGUCUUGCUAACGUUGAAGUAGACAAAUAAAGAUAAACGUUGACUACAGAUACCCUGUCAUUACACCAUGAAGAUAAAGAGAUUUAUUAUACAAGCUUAUAAAUGUUUACCAAAACUGUGCUAAUGCUAACACUUAGUGAUGGUUUUUAGCAGGCGGAGCAUUCACAUUAUGGUGCAGAAGCUCUGCACUCUGUUUACUGCUCCAAACCUGUGGAUGGCGCUCCUCACAUGUGCCUAAACGGUUCAUAACUUCCAUGUGAAGAUGUUUGAAGUUAAAUAUUCCCAGACGCGCUCCUGUCUGUGUACAUAGAAACAAAAAAGAUUAUUAUAUGAACUGAAAAAUCUCAUUUUAGGCUCCUGUGACAUAUGUCACUGACAUCCAUAUCUGAUCCAAGACACGCCCACUGGGCUGGGCCACACUCUGUGACACGCCCAUACAGUCCAAGUCUUCCUCCAGCAGCUCCUCCUCCUUUUAUGUAGGGGUGUGGCCAGCAGCAGGAGUAGAAUGAUUCUGUUUGUCUGUGGAGUUUUUCUGUCUGUCAAACCGUCUGUGAGCUGAACAGCAGCUUUAAAAACAGGCCAGAUGUUAAAUACGUACAUUUAAAGCUAAAGUUCGUCCCAUCGGCUGCAGUCUGAAGAAUGUUGCUGCUCUUUUUAGCAUGUUUGUAUGCACAAACUGAUUUUUGUGUUGUUUUGUCCAAAAAGUCAAUCUGGGACAUUUUUUAGUGAAGACAGAACCAAGGAAAAAAAAAAAAAAAAAAUUCUUUUUCUUCAUCUGAUACAUCAAAUAAACUCAGAGCUGUGUGACCACAUUUUGUCCACAGACUGAAGCAUCGGUGGGUUAGUUCCUGAAUCCUCGUGUGUGUCAGUGGCCUUGAGCGAGACACCGACCUCAAAUUGCUCCCAAAACCUGAUUCCAGUCUGAGAGGACGGGCGUAAUAAAAAAGGCAAAAAUAUAACUGGGGGAAAAAAUGUUCUUCCCUGACCGGUUCAAAGACAGGAAGCACUUGUUCCUUCAAGAGGAACAGGUAAGAACACGCUACCGGUGGGUAGAGGCAGGUCUUGAAGGGGUGGGGGGGGACCUGAAAUCACAGGUGGUUCUAAGGGGGAGUCAGAGCUCUGAAAUCACAGGUGGCUCCAGAGGCGGGGGGAGCUCUGAAAUCACAGGCGACUCUAGAAGGGGGCCAGAGCUCUGAAAUCACAGGUGGCUCCAGAGGGGGAGCAGAGCUCCGAAAUCACAGGCGGCUCUAGAAAAGGGUGGGGGAGCAGAGCCUUGAAAUCACAUAUGGCUCUAGAAGGAGGGCCAGACUCCUGAAAUUACAGGUGGCUCCAGAGAGGGGAGCAGAGCUCUGAAAUCACAGGUGGCUCUAGAAGGGGGCUAGAGCUCUGAAAUCACAUGCGGCUCUAGAAAAGGGUGGGGGAGCAGAGCCUUGAAAUCACAUGUGGCUCUAGAAGGAGGGCCAGACUCCUGAAAUCACAUGUGGCUCCACAAAGGUGGGGUGGGAUGAGGGGCAGAGCCCUGAAAUCACAGGUGGUUCUAAGGGGGAGCCAGAUCCCUGAAAUCACAGGCGGCUCUAGAAGGGGGCCAGAGCUCUGAAAUCACAGGUGGCUCCAGAGGAGGGGGAGGAGCUCUGAAAUCACAGGCGGCUCUAGAAAAGGGUGGGGGAGCAGAGCCUUGAAAUCACAUGUGGCUCUAGAAGAAGGGCCAGACUCAGGCAGCUCUAGAAGGGGGCCAGAGCUUUGAAAUCACAUGUGGCUUUAGAAAAGGGUGGGGGAGUCUUGAAAUCACAGGUGGCUCCACAAAGGUGGGGUGGGAUGAGGGGCAGAGCCCUGAAAUCACAGGUGGUUCUAAGGGGGAGCCAGAGCCCUGAAAUCACAGGUGGCUCUAGAAGGGAGCCAGUGCUCUGAAAUCACAGGUGGCUCCAGAGGAGGAGGAGGAGCUCUGAAAUCACAGGUGGCUCCAGAGGGGGGAGCAGAGCUCUGAAAUCACAGGCGGCUCUAGAAGGGGGCCAGAGCUUUGAAAUCACACGUUGCUCUGGAAAAGGGUGGGGGAGCAGAGCUUUGAAAUCAUAGGUGGCGCUAGAAGGGGGCCAGAGCUCUGAAAUCACAUGCAGCUCUAGAAAAGGGUGGGGGAGCAGAGCUUUGAAAUCAAAUGUGGCUCUAGAAGGCGGGCCUUCUGGGGUGGGAUGGGGGGAGAGCCCUGAAAUCACAGGUGGCUCGAGAUGUUGGGUUCCAGAGCCCUGAAUUCUGAUUUAUCUGCUCCAAACUCUAAAAUCUUCUGCUUCAGUAUUUUUUCUUCCAGGCACGCAUUAAACAUUAUUACUUUUCCACAUACAUUGACAAAAUGUGGAUCACAAGAAGAUGAGACUGGACAACAUAGUUUAUCAGUGUCUUCAUGUAAUAUGAUGCUUUGCAUGAAGACACACCCCCUGAAUGGAAAACUCACUGUUAUGUUAGAGUUUAUUCUUCUGUCUCGAGUCACUAAGAUCUUUCACUCUGACUUUUUGGAAAAUAAAAGUUGGCGGUUUUGCACCUGAAUGUUAACCCUCCUGCAUCUUUUUUAGAUGUUUUGCACAUUUUUACACCCUCUUCCUAUGCAACAUGAUUUCCUUAUUAUGAGAUAUUUUACUUUCUCAUGUAGUUUAUUUUUAAGUUAAUUGAAGGGGUUUUUUGGGGGGGGGGGGGGGUUUUGCAUAAAAAGAUAGAAAAUUACUCUGAAGUGUCUAUUUAUGUAUGGAAAGAUUUAUUUUAUUCUAAAAAAAGAAAAAAUGUUCCUGCUAAUCUGUUUUGUUUUGUUUUUACACUGAGUUUUAGUUUUUGCUGAAAUAUCUAUUUUCGCACAUAGAUGUCUGGUGUUUGGGUAAGAUGGGACGUUUGCAUGGAAGAAAUAUCUUUCUGCUUUGUCUAUUUUUGGAUUGUUGGGAUGUAACCAUUAAAGAAAUGCGACUUAUUUUACCUCAGAUGGAAUUACUGAAGUACAAAAGUUAAACUGCACAUUAAAAGUUUCUCACAGCUGCAGUUUAUUUUGUAUAAAACUGAACUUUGACCUGCAUUGUUUAUUUCAUAAACGGUUUGUGAUCAUAGCGCCACCUACAGUAGCUCUCAUGCAGGUGUUCUUCUGGAAUUGUUUUAAAUUUCAACAAUAAACUGGAUGCUGAA